AUGAAGCCAAAUGUAAUGAACUUAUUUAUGAUUUUUAUUCUUGCGUUAUCCAAUUUUACAGAAAUUUAUGCUUACACUGAAAAUACUUACAAUAAAUCCGAAAAUGAUCAGUAUUUUUCUAAAAAUACUAAAGUAGUACUUCCGAAUGGAUCUAUUUUAUUUAGAUUUUAUAAAGAUUGUAAUGAACCAGAUUUGCAUCUAAGAAUUCUUGAUAAAAAUGGAAUUUUAACAACCUUUGACGUUGAAAAAUUUUCAAUCCCAAGAUUAAAUUUCUGUAAACCUGUACCAUCAGAUCAUAUUUCCAUUUCUAUUUUUCAAAAUAAACUUUAUUUAUCAUAUUAUAAUUUUUCUGAAAGUGAUAUUACCGUUACAUUAAGCUUAGAAGGAAAAAUAUUAAGGGAUACUUGGAUUGGUCCCGACCAUGAGCCAUUAUCUGGAACAUUUCUCCAAUAUGGGUUCGGAAAUCCAUUUUAUUACAUGCUACCCGUCGGUAUUGAUACUUUUUUAUGGAUAAAAUAUGACCCACCCAAUUUCAAAUAUAACCAUGCAAAAUGCAAAAUGCAAUCCAGACUAUACGAAAAUUCAAUUCACAUGUGUUAUUCAUCAUCUUCAAUCACAAAAUUAUUGUUGAUUUCAUUCCUUUCAUCUGGGUCGGUUAUUGAUAUUAUAGAAUUGAAUAAUGAAAUUUAUCAUAACGCUCAAUCAGUUGGAAAACUUAAUUUAUAUUCCAAAGGUUAUUUAUUGUAUUAUAUGAAAAAAGAUUUAUCUGGAUGUGAAUAUGGCGGUGAUAUAUAUGAUGAUAAUGAUAAUUGGUAUUCAAAGUUGGAACUACCCGAAAAUUUUACAAUACAAAAUCCAUGCUUUGCUUUUAACAAUGAAGUUGAAGAAGGUUUUGAAAUGAUUUCUAAAAUUACGACAAACAACUUUACAAUGAUUACAGCAUCUCUUCCAAAGUUUGUUGACGAUGGUCGUAAUUAUAAAUUGAUUUUGGCAAAUAUUGAAUCAUUUGAUCCACCAGACGGCUCUAAAGUUUCAUUGGGAAGAGACAUUCUUCAAAUAAUUAUGCGAUUUCAAUUGAACUAUCAAAAAGAAAUAUUACGGUUUUUCAAGUUAAUAAUGAUGCGUCAAACAACGUCUGGUGUUAUACAAGAAUUCUGUACGGUUGAUCCGGAUCAUAAAACGGUUUCUAUAAAAUUAUUACGAAGCACAUUUAAUCAACAGAAUACAGAGUAUAUGAUAUAUAUUGAACCUCAUUUUGUAAAACAAAAUGAUACUAAUGAACCUAUGAUUGGAAUUGAUCCAUUUAUUUGGAAUCUUUAUACCGAAAAUGAAGAAAACUCUUAUGCAGAAUCAUUUUCUGGAUCAGUACGUUUAACGUCCGAAGGAACCGAUAAAUUUUUAGAAUCCAUACGAACGGAAUUUGUUUUUCAAUUAAUCCAAGAAAUAUCUUCAAUUCUUCCCGUUGAUAUAGAUAGAUUAGAAAGUAAAGGCUCUUAUCAAAUAGAUACUUCAACUCUCUCAAAACAAGUAAUUAUUCCUUUACAAAUCAAAUCUACAAAGGAUACUUAUAAAAGGAAUGCUGAUGAUUUGCAAAAGGACUUAGAUAUUAUGAUUAAAUAUAAUGGCAUUUCGAAGAAUAAUCAUACUUCAUUCUUGGAUCAAACUUAUGGUUAUAAGUUUAGAG